CGCCCGGUCGCCGAGGCCCGGGGUCCCACACCUCUGCAGGGUCCCAUCCGCUCUCCCCCCGGGGGACCCAAAGGAAGAGAAUUCCUGUGGGUCCCAGGAGUGCCAAGAGUGCGCAGCGAGACGGGAAAUUGCAAAAGUCCUCGGCCCUCUGCCCUCCCCCGCGGCUUUCCCGUAAUUCCCGCCCCUGGGCGCGCGCCCCGCAGCUGAUUCAUAGGCCAGGCGCGGGGUCGGCCCUGCACGUCCGCACCCGCGCUCUCCCGGGUCUCGCACCGCGGUUCGGCAGCCCAGCCGCCGACGACUCGGCCCGGCUCGCGGAGCCCUCGGCCCGCGGGGAGGCGAGACCCUAUGGCUCUCUUUGCAGUCUUGCAGACAACAUUCCUCUUGGCAUUGCUGCCCUUGAGAACUUACCAAAGUGAAGGUCUUUCAGUCCUGUCUGAACCUUUACCAUUAACUCCUGAAUCACUGAACGUUUCCAUCAAUUCUACAAAGCAGUGUUUGCAUUUACAAUGGACUGUCCACAACCCUGAUUAUCACCAGGAAUUAAAAAUGGUUUUUCAGAUACAGAUCAGUAGAUUUAAAGCAUCCAAUGUCAUCUGGAUGGAGAACUACAGCACCACUGUGAAGCGGAACCAAGUCCUGCACUGGAGCUGGGAAUCUGAGCUCCCUUUGGAAUGUGCCAUACACUUUGUAAGAAUGAGGACUAUGGUGGAUGAUGCCAGGAUUCCUGCACCCAGGUUCUGGAGUAACUGGAGUUCAUGGGAGAAAGCAGAUGCCCAGAAUUCACUUGGAGAUCAUCCAUUGUACGUUUUCCCUAAAGAUAAGCUGGUGGAAGAGGGCUCCGAUGUCACCAUUUGUUACAUUUCUAGGAACCAUCAAGAUAACAUAUCCUGUUAUUUGGAAGAUGUACUGACAUAUGGAAGACAACUUGAUCAAAAUGUAUGGGCAUUCGAGUUGAAGAACGUUUCUUUCAUUAGGAAAACUGGAACCAAUUUCUAUUGUAAGGGCCAAGGUGUUCCAGAGGGCGUCGUUCUUUUUGUCUCAAAAGUGCUUGAAGAGCCCAAGGACUUUUCUUGCGAAACCCGGGACCUGAAGACUUUGACCUGUACUUGGGAUCCCGGGAAUGACACUGGCUUGAUUCAACUGCCUUCCUACACUUUAUUUGAAUCAUUUUCCGGGAAAAAGACACUUUGUAAACACAGAAACCGGUGUGAUUGGCGAGUAACUCAAGACUCACAAGAAAUGUAUAACUUUACACUCGUGGCUGAAAACUACUUUAGAAAAAGAAGUGUCAGUAUUCUUUUUAACCUGAUCCAUGGAGUUCAUCCACUGGCUCCCUAUAAGUUGUUCCCUAAAACUGUCAGUGCUACAGAUGCCACCAUGACCUGGAAGGUAUACUCCAUAGGAAACAGUUCUGCACUUCUGUGUCAGCUUCAACUCCUUGGUGAAGGAAAAGUGAUACAACAACACAAUAUCUCCGUCAGGCUGAAUGGUGAGUACCUCUUAAGUGAACUGAAGCCGGACACAGAAUAUAUGGCCCGUGUACGCUGUGCUUAUGCCGACCACUUCUGGAAAUGGAGUGAAUUGAUUAGCCAGAACUUCACCACAGCUGAAGCUGCUCCAUCGGAGGCGCCUGAUGUCUGGAGAGAUGUGACAUUUGUGUCAGGACAUCCAACGGUGACCUUGUUCUGGAAGCCUCUAUCAAAAGUGCACGCCAACGGGAAGAUCCUGUUCUAUAAUGUGGUUGUGGAAAAUCUCGAUGAACCGUCCAGUUUAGAGGUCCUCUCUGUCCCUGCUCCAGCCAACAGCACAAAAGUAACCCUCAAUCAGAGUUCUUACCAGAUCUGUGUCACGGCUCACAACAGUGUGGGUCCUUCUCCGGCUUCCACAGUUGCCAUUUCUGGACAUCCUGGAAAUGAAAAUGUUGAAGAAGGAAGAAUGAAUGGUACCGAGGAUGGAUUUCCCAUGUCUUGGAAACCCCAAUCCAGAAAUGCCACAGGUUACGUUGUGGAGUGGUGUGACAGCCCCCAGCACCUUCCCUGUGUUCUCCGGUGGAAAAACCUAGGCCCCACUAACACAGGCACAGUCAUUAGCUCGGAGCCAUCCAGAUGUGCUUUUAGACCAGGGGUUCGCUACAACUUCAGAAUUUAUGAAAUUUCUACAAAAAGGAUGGCCCAUUUAUUAGAGAAAAAAGCUGGCUAUUUGAAAGAACUGGCUCCUUCAUACAACCCUAAAGUGAAUAUGACUAACUUGACCUCCCACUCCUUCACUCUGAGUUGGAAGGAUUAUCCCACCGAAUCUCAAACUGGUUUUAUACAAGGGUACUAUGUCUACCUGAAAUCCAAGAAAGGGGAGAAGUGCCACCGGGGAUUUGAAAAGACAUUUCUUACAGAUAAUUCAGUAUGUUGCAAAUACACAAUUGACAACCCGGAUCAAAAGACAUUUGUUGUGAAAGACCUACAGCCAGAAUCUGUCUAUGAGUUUUUGGUCACUCCUUAUACAAGUGCUGGUGAGGGUCCCCUGGAUGACUUCAGAAAGGUCACGACUCCGGAUGAAUACUCCCAUAUACUGAUACACAUCAUUCUCCCCAUGAUUUUCUGCGUUUUGGUCAUCAUGAUCAUCUGCUACCUAAAAAGCCAGUGGUUGAAGGACAAGUGUUAUCCUGACAUUCCCGACCCUUACAAGAGCAGCGUCCUGUCAUUAAUAAAAUUCAAGGAGAAUCCUCAUAUAACAAUAAUGAACGUCAAUGACUGUGUUCCAGAUGCUAUUGAAGUUGUAAACAAGCCCGAAGGGAGUAAGAUACAGUUCAUAGGCACUAGGAAGUCACCCACAGAAACUAAAGGUACUAAGCCUGCCUAUCUGGACCUGCUCCCAACAGAGAAGAACUACUCUGGCCCUGCUCCUUGCAUCUGUUUUGAGAACUUUACCUAUAAUCAGGCAGCUUCUGACUUGGGUUAUUGUGGACAUUUCCCAGUAACCCCUCAAGCCCCACACUGUCAGCUGGGACCACUGACUUCACCUGAAAAUUUACUAAAGACACUGGAACAAAACUACAUGAACUCCCUGGGGGAAAUCCCAGCUGGAGAAGCUAAUUUGAAUUAUGUAUCCCAGUUGGCUUCACCCAUGUCUGGAGACAGGGAGAGCCCACCAACAAAUCCACCAGAGCCAGCACUCUGUUCGGAGUAUAAAAUGCAAAUGGCUAUUCCCCUGGGUCUUGCCUCCCCCGCCCCAAGUGAGAACAGCAGCCUGUCCUCCACUGCCCUUUUAGAUCCGAGUGAACACUGCCACUAAGCAGAGUGCCCACUUCAUAUCCUUACGCUACACAGACACUAGUAGAAGCAUAGCUGGCACUGUUCACCACCAGAUACCUCGGGGCUCAAUCCCAGUGAAUUAUCACCACUGGAAGGUCUGAUUUAUAUGGUUUUGCUAGGUUUCAAAGGUCAGAAAGCUAUGAAAUUUAACAUCUGUGCUUGGAGCAGGCUUGCCGUGGAAAUGGCAGGAUCGUGCGAACAGGCUUACCUUGCACGUUCA